AUGACUUCCCAUGAGAGCCCCUGUGCCGCUUGUAUCAGCAAAUGUGCUCUCAUUGCCGCUUCUGUUGUUCGCGGUGAUUUGCGCGACCGGAUAAUCUGUGAAAACGAGGCUUGCAAUAACUCUGCUUUGACAAUAUCUAUCAACCAGAUGGUCAGCAAGCUUUCUACCUUUACAGAGGAAGUCAUCCAGGUUGCUGCCCAGGGUGUCAAAGGCAAACUGGGCGUCCAAGCAAGAUUAGAAGAUCAACAAGGCAUCUGGAAUGAAUUUGUUAGCCAUCUUAACACUAUGACUGUUGGCUACUCAGAGCAGGUGCGAGAUAUUGCUUCUGUUUGUACAGCAGUCGCCCAUGGCGAUUUGAGCCAAAAAAUAACAGUCUCCGUCAAGGGCGAGACUCUUGUCUUGAAAAACACUAUCAACACUAUGGUUGAUCAACUACGAUCAUUCUCAUCUGAAGUCACUCGAGUGGCACAUGAAGUAGGAACAGAAGGAAGAUUGGGUGGUCAGGCGCAUGUUAAAGGUGUGGAUGGCACUUGGAAGGAACUUACAGAUAAUGUCAACACUAUGGCUGCGAAUUUGACAGCGCAAGUACGUGAUAUUGCCGAUGUUACCCAAGCUGUCGCCAAAGGUGACUUGUCCAAGAAGAUUUCUGUUGAAGUCAAAGGAGAGAUGAUGGAUCUUAAAAAUACCAUUAACACUAUGGUGGAUCAACUGCAGCAGUUCGCUACUGAAGUGUCUCGCGUUAGUCUUGAAGUUGGGACGGAAGGAAAACUUGGUGGUCAAGCUGUUGUCAAGGAUGUUAGUGGAACAUGGAAAGAACUUACAGACAACGUCAACUUGAUGGCCUCCAACCUCACAGGUCAGAUGCGCGAUAUUGCCACAGUUUGUAAGGCAGUAGCCUGCGGAGACUUAACAAAAAAAGUCAGCGUGCCUGUCCAAGGGGAAAUUUUAGAGCUGAAGGAAACAAUGAAUACUAUGGUUGAUCAGCUCAGAACAUUUGCCGCCGAGGUUACUCGUGUUGCUCGUGAAGUUGGAACAGAAGGAAAGCUGGGUGGGCAGGCUGAAGUCGAGGGCGUCGAUGGAACAUGGAAGGAGCUCACCGAUAACGUCAAUACAAUGGCUGCAAACCUUACUGCACAGGUGCGUGAUAUUGCAAGCGUAAGCAAGGCAGUAGCCAAAGGUGACUUGUCCAAGAAGAUUUCUGUCGAAGUUGAAGGAGAAAUGAUGGAUCUCAAGCAUACCAUCAACAUCAUGGUCGAUCAAUUACAGGAGUUCGCUACUGAGGUAUCUCGUGUCAGUCUCGAAGUUGGAACAGAAGGAAAGCUCGGUGGUCAAGCUGUUGUCAAGGAUGUGAGUGGGACAUGGAAAGAGCUUACAGACAAUGUCAAUACCAUGGCUUCAAACCUGACGACUCAAGUUCGAUCUAUUGCCGAGGUUACAACAGCUGUCGCAUGUGGAGACUUGAGCAAAAAGAUUGAUGUUCAAGCCCAGGGAGAGAUCUCAGAGCUGAAAUUGACGGUCAAUUCAAUGGUCGAGCAAUUGAGGACAUUUGCUGCAGAAGUAACACGUGUUGCACGUGAAGUCGGUACAGAAGGGAAAUUAGGCGGACAGGCUCAUGUAAAGGACGUAGAUGGGACGUGGAAGGAACUCACCGAUAACGUCAAUACAAUGGCUGCAAACCUUACUGCACAGGUGCGUGAUAUUGCAAGCGUAAGUAAGGCGGUUGCUAGAGGUGACUUGUCCAAGAAGAUUUCUGUCGAAGUUGAAGGUGAGAUGAUGGAUCUCAAGAAUACCAUUAAUACCAUGGUCGAUCAAUUACAGGAGUUCGCUACUGAAGUGUCUCGUGUCAGUCUCGAAGUUGGAACAGAAGGUAAUCUAGGUGGUCAAGCUGUUGUCAAGGAUGUGAGUGGGACAUGGAAAGAGCUUACAGACAAUGUCAAUACCAUGGCUUCAAACCUGACGACUCAAGUUCGAUCUAUUGCUGAGGUUACAACAGCUGUUGCAUGUGGAGACUUGAGCAAAAAGAUUGAUGUUCAAGCCCAGGGAGAGAUUUCAGAGCUGAAAUUGACGGUCAAUUCAAUGGUCGAGCAAUUGAGGACAUUUGCUGCAGAAGUAACACGUGUUGCUCGUGAAGUCGGCACAGAAGGACGACUUGGUGGGCAGGCUGAAGUGAGAGGCGUUGAUGGAACGUGGAAGGAGCUUACCGAUAACGUCAAUACAAUGGCUGCAAACCUUACUGCACAGGUGCGUGAUAUUGCAAGCGUAAGCAAGGCAGUAGCCAAAGGUGACUUGUCCAAGAAGAUUUCUGUCGAAGUCAAAGGAGAGAUGAUGGAUCUCAAGCAUACCAUCAACAUCAUGGUUGAUCAAUUACAGGAGUUCGCUACUGAGGUAUCUCGUGUCAGUCUCGAAGUUGGAACAGAAGGAAAGCUCGGUGGUCAAGCUGUUGUCAAGGAUGUGAGUGGGACGUGGAAAGAACUUACAGACAAUGUCAAUACCAUGGCUUCAAACCUGACGACUCAAGUUCGAUCUAUUGCCGAGGUUACAACAGCUGUCGCAUGUGGGGACUUAAGCAAGACUAUUGAUGUCCAAGCCCAGGGAGAGAUCUCAGAGCUGAAAUUGACGGUCAAUUCAAUGGUCGAGCAAUUGAGGACAUUUGCUGCAGAAGUAACACGUGUUGCACGUGAAGUCGGUACAGAAGGCCGUCUAGGAGGUCAAGCUGAAGUCAAAGAUGUUGGCGGCACUUGGAAGGAACUCACUGAUAAUGUCAACACGAUGGCAUCGAACUUGACGACUCAAGUGCGCGAUAUUGCGGAUGUCAGCAAGGCGGUCGCCAAGGGAGAUCUUACUAAGAAGGUUACUGUUAAUGUCAAAGGAGAGAUUCUUGAUCUGAAGAACACUAUUAACUCAAUGGUGGACCAGCUUUCUACUUUUGCCGCUGAAGUGACCCGCGUGGCCCGGGAGGUUGGGACAGAAGGUAACCUUGGCGGCCAAGCCGAAGUCGAGGAAGUUGAUGGCACCUGGAAGGAGCUGACAGAUAAUGUAAACACUAUGGCUUCCAACCUUACAGCGCAAGUACGUGACAUUGCCGCUGUAAGCAAGGCCGUCGCCAGGGGAGAUCUGACUCAAAAGAUUUCUGUGGAUGCUAAGGGUGAAAUCCUUGAUCUGAAGAAUACUAUUAAUAUCAUGGUGGAUCAACUCUCAACUUUCUCUGCAGAGGUUACUCGUGUCGCACGUGAAGUUGGAACAGAAGGAAAGCUCGGUGGUCAAGCUGUUGUCAAGGAUGUGAGUGGGACAUGGAAAGAGCUUACAGACAAUGUCAAUACCAUGGCUUCAAACCUGACGACUCAAGUUCGAUCUAUUGCUGAGGUUACAACAGCUGUUGCAUGUGGAGACUUGAGCAAAAAGAUUGAUGUUCAAGCCCAGGGAGAGAUUUCAGAGCUGAAAUUGACGGUCAAUUCAAUGGUCGAGCAAUUGAGGACAUUUGCUGCAGAAGUAACACGUGUUGCUCGUGAAGUCGGCACAGAAGGACGACUUGGUGGGCAGGCUGAAGUGAGAGGCGUUGAUGGAACGUGGAAGGAGCUUACCGAUAACGUCAAUACAAUGGCUGCAAACCUUACUGCACAGGUGCGUGAUAUUGCAAGCGUAAGCAAGGCAGUAGCCAAAGGUGACUUGUCCAAGAAGAUUUCUGUCGAAGUCAAAGGAGAGAUGAUGGAUCUCAAGCAUACCAUCAAUACCAUGGUCGACCAACUUCAGGAGUUUGCUACUGAAGUGACACGUGUCAGUCUCGAAGUUGGAACAGAAGGGAAGCUCGGUGGUCAAGCUGUUGUCAAGGAUGUGAGCGGAACAUGGAAAGAACUUACAGACAAUGUCAAUACCAUGGCUGCAAACCUGACGACUCAAGUUCGAUCUAUUGCCGAGGUUACAACAGCUGUCGCAUGUGGAGACUUGAGCAAAAAGAUUGAUGUUCAAGCCCAGGGAGAGAUCUCAGAGCUGAAAUUGACGGUCAAUUCAAUGGUCGAGCAAUUGAGGACAUUUGCUGCAGAAGUAACACGUGUUGCACGUGAAGUCGGUACAGAAGGGAAAUUAGGCGGACAGGCUCAUGUAAAGGACGUAGAUGGGACGUGGAAGGAACUCACCGAUAACGUCAAUACAAUGGCUGCAAACCUUACUGCACAGGUGCGUGAUAUUGCAAGCGUAAGUAAGGCGGUUGCUAGAGGUGACUUGUCCAAGAAGAUUUCUGUCGAAGUUGAAGGUGAGAUGAUGGAUCUCAAGAAUACCAUUAAUACCAUGGUCGAUCAAUUACAGGAGUUCGCUACUGAAGUGUCUCGUGUCAGUCUCGAAGUUGGAACAGAAGGUAAUCUAGGUGGUCAAGCUGUUGUCAAGGAUGUGAGUGGGACAUGGAAAGAGCUUACAGACAAUGUCAAUACCAUGGCUGCAAACCUGACGACUCAAGUUCGAUCUAUUGCCGAGGUUACAACAGCUGUAGCCUGUGGUGAUCUCAGCAAGACUAUUGAUGUGGAAGCUCGAGGAGAGAUUUUGGAUUUAAAGAACACUAUCAAUUCGAUGGUGGAUCAGCUCUCCAUGUUCGCCAAUGAAGUGACUCGAGUGGCACGCGAGGUUGGAACUGAAGGCAAGCUUGGGGUGCAAGCGCAAGUAAUGGAUGUACGGGGUGCUUGGAAAGAAAUCACCUCAAAUGUCAAUACGAUGGCUAGCAACUUGACAGCUCAGGUACGCGCUUUUGCCUCUAUUUCAACUGCCGCCACCGAUGGUGAUUUUACUCAAUUCAUCACUGUUGAGGCCUCGGGUGAGAUGGAUUCCCUCAAGACCAAGAUCAACCAGAUGGUUUAUAAUCUUCGCGAGAGUAUUCAGAAGAACACGGCCGCUCGUGAAGCUGCUGAGCUUGCUAAUCGCUCCAAAUCUGAAUUCUUGGCAAAUAUGUCACAUGAAAUUAGAACUCCCAUGAAUGGUAUCAUUGGAAUGACCAGCUUGACCCUGGAGACAGAGCUCACCCGUCAACAGCGCGAAAAUUUGGUGAUCGUCAGUCAUUUAGCACACUCGUUGUUGACGAUUAUCGAUGACAUUCUUGAUAUCUCCAAGAUUGAGGCUGGUAAAAUGACCAUUGAGCAAGCCCCAUUCUCUCUACGCACUCAAACAUUCGGUGUUCUCAAGACCCUCGCUGUAAAGGCGCAUCAGAAGAAACUUGAUUUAAUUUACAACGUCCAUAAUGACUUCCCAGAUCAGCUUAUUGGUGACCCCCUGCGCUUGCGCCAAGUUAUUACAAACUUAAUCGGAAACGCUAUCAAAUUCACAACCGAGGGCAGCGUUGUUCUUGACUGUGUCUGCAAGAACAAGACUGAUAACGGCGUCGAGCUCCAAUUUUGUGUCUCUGAUACUGGCAUUGGUAUUCAGAGUGACAAGAUUGAAGUAGUAUUCGACACAUUCUGUCAAGCAGACGGUUCCACGACACGCAAGUAUGGUGGCACAGGACUUGGCCUCUCAAUUUCCAAGCGUCUGGUGGCAUUAAUGGGGGGUGAUCUCUGGGUCAAUAGCACGUUCGGUAAAGGUUCGCAGUUUUUCUUUACUGUACGCUUCAACACAGGUACAAUGUCGAUUGAUCAAAUCAAUCUCAAGACAAAACCAUAUGUCGGACGGCACAUAUUAUAUCUGGGCACUAUGCGCGACGAGGCCAUUUCUAAUUCUGUGAUACGCACAUUGGAGGAGCUCAAGUUCAAAGCAACCCAUAUCACUUCUCUCGAGGAGGCCGCAGAAUUAGUUCCUACGCCUGGCUCUAGCUCUUCAUCGACAGAAAAAUCCUUAUUUGACGUUAUUAUCGUUGACCAUGUGAAAGACAUCCGCAAGGUCAAAGAAAUUCCCAUGUUGAGGUUCCUGCCGAUUGUGCUAUUGUCUGUGACGACACCUUAUAUCUCGAUGAAGGUCUGUCAGGACCUUGGCAUCGCCAGCUAUUUUAACCCUCCAGUUCAACUUCCCGAUCUUAUGAAUGCACUCCUUCCCGCAUUUGAGUCUGCAUCAGCAUUGCCCUCAGAUGCAGAACAUGCAACCCCAUUGCAUAUCUUGCUUGCGGAGGACAACGUGGUGAACCAAAAGUUAGCAGUUCGUAUCUUGGAGAAGUUUGGACAUAAGGUUACGAUCGUGGCAAAUGGAAAGACAGCUGUGGAGAUCUUCAGUAGCAUGCAUUUUGAUUUAAUUUUGAUGGAUGUACAGAUGCCGAUCAUGGGUGGGUUUGAGGCCACACAAGAAAUUAGAAAGUUGGAGAUGCUACGAGGUGGAAAGGACCAUCUGCCUAUUAUUGCUCUUACUGCGCAUGCCAUGAUUGGAGAUCGCGAGAAGUGUUUAGCUGCUGGCAUGGACGAAUAUGUUACAAAGCCUUUACGCACGAAUGAAUUGAUUGCAACCAUCAACAAAUUUCCACCCAAAAAUUGCCCGGAUCUGGCGCAGCACGAUCCAUAUUACGAAUACCCGCGCACAGGCUUUUAA